ACCGACAGACGGACAGACGGACAGACACAGAGCACAGGGCCAGAAAAAUAACCCCCGUUUCCUAAUGUAAUCGGCGACAUGAUGUGAAUCUCCUGUUCGCAGAUACCGCCGUUUGGUCGACAAAAAACAGGGAAAGCGGCGAAAAUGUCUCACAGAGAACUGAGACCCACAGAGAGACCGAGACACCCCGGAGAUCACGGCAAACGGCAGAGUUCUGGUUCGAUCAAUGGGAUGGAACACAGUCACACAGGAGGGGGUUCUGGAGAGAGGAAAAACCACCAUUGGCGAAGUUAUAGAUUGAUUAUUGACCCUGCCCUGAAGAAGGGUCAACACAAACUCUAUCGUUAUGAUGGCCAACAUUUUAGUCUACCGAAUCCUGGCAUCCCCCCGGUGGACAUGGUCAGAGACCCCCGAGUUGGACGCAUAUGGACCAAAAGCAAAGAGCUGGAUUUACCGAUUCCAAAAUUCAAGGUGGACGAGCAGUACGUGGGACCAGUGCCACCCAAGCAGGUGACGUUCGCCAAACUGAACGACAACGUCCGCGAGGAGUUCCUCCGGGACAUGUGUAAGAAGUACGGCGAGGUGGAGGAGGUCAAGAUCCUGUACAACCCCAAGAACAAGAAGCAUCUGGGCAUCGCCAAGGUGGUCUUCGCUACCGUGAAGGGAGCCAAGGAGACGGUGCAGCAUCUCCACAGCACCUCCGUCAUGGGCAACAUCAUCCACGUGGUGCUCGACACCAAAGGAGAGCACCGACUGAGAUAUUACGAACUGCUGGUGAGCGGCCAGUUCACACCUCAGACUCUCCCCGUGGGCACAGAGACCUUACCGGAAACCUCCCCACCCGCCAGCAGCGAGCUCCCGCAGGCCAACGAUUUGCCGAAGGUGCGGCAGGGAGACAGCUACCUGACGAUGGGGCCCUCGUCGGUCACUCCCAACAGCGGCACCCCCUUCUCUCACGACACGGCCUACUCCAGCCUGCGGCAGGACACUCCCAACUCCUACAGCCAGUAUACCCCCCAGUCCUCCCAAGGCACCCCACACACCCCCCGCCAGGGGACCCCUUACUCCCAGGACUCUAGCUACUCCAGCAGGCAGACCACUCCGGCCUACACUUUCGCCCCGGAGCCUGGUUACAAGCCCCGGCGGGCCGAGGCCAGCUUCCAGGAAUCGUUCAGGCGCCUGGGACACCUGUACGGCCACAACCCAGGGUCCUACCGGAGCGGGGAGAUGGGGUACAACAGCUACAAGGGCUCGCGCUCGGAGUCUGGGGCCUACCCGCUGGGCCAGGCCGGUGCGGCCUACCCGGGGCCUAUCAGCCCUUACCAGAGCCUGCACACAGCCUCCUCCGCCACAGCCCCCCCUCUCCCGGCCUACACCCGGCCCCCGGAGCCCGCACCGCAAGCUCCCCGCGAGCACGGCUACCGCAGGCCGCCCACGGAACACUACGCCCACAACCACGACUCCACGCCGACACACCCAGCCCCCGACCGGCCGGAGGAGCCGUUGCCGGGCGACGGGAGCAGCGACCCACCGCCGGCGACUGCACCCUUCGGGAAAUCACCCCCGAGCGCUCGCUCACGCCCGAGACUCUCGUCUCGGAGCCCGCUUCUCCCCAACAGCCUGGACUCUCGCAUCGAGAUGCUGCUGAAGGAGCAGAGGACCAAGCUGCCCUUCCUGACCGAGCACGACUCGGACGGCGAAGUCAAGAUGGAGCCCAGCCCCGUCUCCUCCUCGUCCUCGCAGCUCUCCCCGCUGGCCUCGGCCCUCCCGCCCCGAGGCCUGGGACCCUCCUCGCGGCCCCCCAGCACAGGCUUGGAGGACAUCAGCCCCACGCCCCUGCCGGACUCGGACGAGGAGGACGAACUUGUUACGGACACGGUCAACCCCAACCUCAACGCUAACUCCAGGCCUGGCUCGGAGGCCGGGACCACCCCUGUGGACCAGGCUGGACAGACAUGUCACUUCCCCGCUCCCCCUGAGGCCCCAGACACGGGACAGGAAAACGCCCAACUGUCGCCCCCGCCCCCGCUACCGCCCGACCCGCCCGACGAAGAGGCUCCCCAAUCCUCGGGUGAGGACAUGGAGAUAUCUGACGACGAGACGCCGGGCAGCCCGAUAACCAGCGGCAACUGCUCCAAAGCCAUCGUGGUCAGCGCAUCCAACUCCGCGGUCAUCCCUCCAGCGAUCUCCAUCCCACCUCCGGGAUUCCCCCCGCUCCCCCCUCAACCCCCGGGCUUCCCUCUGCCCCCUCCCCUCCCCCCUCCGCCCACAGUCACCGUCCCACCCCCACCUCUCCCGGCCCGGCCUGACCUGUGCCCACCAGGCGUGCCCCCUCCUCCGCCCCCUCCCCCACCCCCUCCCCCACCCCCACCUCCCAUGCUCCCCCAUCUCCCUCCCUUCCCUCCGGGCAUGUACCCCAUGAUCUCCAUGGACCUGAUGAACUGCAUCGGCACCCAGUGGGGGAGCAUGCAGAUGUCCUUCCAGAUGCAGACGCAGAUGUUGAGCCGUAUGAUGCAGGCACAAGGGCCAUCCCACUACCCGCCCUUCUUGGCCACUGGAGUCAGUGCCGGGGCAGGGGUGGGGGUGGCGGCCGGGGUAGGCGUGGCGGCCGGGGUGGGCGUGGGGGCGGGGGUGCAGUUCAGUAGUGUGCAGCCCUACCGGCCUUACGUGGUGGGCGCCAACCUCACCCACGGCCAGCAGUGGACGCCGCUGCCCAAGUUCGACCCCACCGUGCCACCGCCGGGCUACGCCGAGCCCAAGAAGGAGGACCCCCACAAGACGACCAUCGAGGGCGUGCUGCUGGCUGUCAUGAAGGAGCUGAAGAGUAUCAUGAAGCGGGACCUCAUCCGCAAGAUGGUGGAGAUGGUGGCGUUCAGGACCUUCGACGAGUGGUGGGAGCGGAAGGAACGCAAAGCCAAGACCUCGCAAACUCCCAUCAAAUCAACGGACCUGAUCAAGGACGACGAGAGGCCUAAAGCCAAGGAGACCUCGGCUCAGGCUUCCACGUGUUUGCUGGAAAACUGGCAUAAAGGGGAGGGGCUGGGGUACGAGGGCAUGGGCCUGGGUAUGGGCCUGAGGGGAGCCAUCCGUCUGCCCUCUUUUAAGGUGAAGAGGAAGGAGCCCCCAGACCCGGCCUGCGCUGGAGAUCAGAAGCGGAUCCGACCGUCCACUCCUCUGGACGACGAUGACGAAGAGUCGGAGCGAGACCGGGACAUGUCGGACGUGGCCAGUCACUCCUCGGAGAUGUCCAAGAGAGACCUGGAGUCUGUGAGCGAGCGGCGCAAACCGGCCAAAGCCCUGAAACUGGACAGCGAGGGGGAGGAGGAGGAGGAGACAUCCGGCAAGGAGGAGGAAGAGGAAGAGUCCUUCUCGGAGAAAGACGAAGAUGAGGACGAGAUCUCAGCCAAAGCCUCAUCCGAAAAGGAGGAGGACGAGGACGAUGACGAUGAUGAAGAUGCGGACGCCGAGACCAGUGAGAAGGAGGAGCUGGACUCUGACGAAGACGAAGUGACCAGCGCCGCCUCGUCCAAAGCUGAGAUCGAGUCGUCGGACGACAGCGACGAGUCCUCGGAAUACGAGUCCAGCUCCGAGGAAGAGGAGGAGGAGGAGGAGGAUGAGGAAGAACAGGAAGGGGAGGAGGCGGGGGAGAGGGAAGAGGAAGAAGAAGAGGAGGAGAGGGAGAGUCUGCUGUCGGCUGCGGCGGAGGUAGAGCCGGGGCUGGAGGCCGGGGAUGCGCAGACGGAGCCGGUGACUGUGUUGGUGAUGGAUGUCCUGGAGGGGCCGGUGCCGGGGGAAGAGGAGGAGGAGGAGGAGGCGACUACGACGGUGGAGAUGGAUUUAAAGCGGCCGCCGUCACCACCAGCCCUGGAGCCAGAGCCGGCGCCGGAAGCCGAGGUCCCGGAGUUGGCAGUGAGCGAGGAAGGGCCCGUCCGGCCGCCCACUCCCAUUGGAUCGCCGGCCGGAGCGCCGGAGAGCGAGAGCGACAUUCCCGGAAAGCAGGAUCCAGAGCUGGUGGUUCCCGAGCCGGAGCGAGAGCCGGAGCCAGAACCAGAACCGGCCACGGGGGGUAGAGAGACGCUGACCUCACCGGGAGGCCAGGAGCCGAAGGUGGAUGUACCACGGACACCGGGGAGGGAGCUCGUCACACACCCCCUCACCGCGGAGCCCCCCCGGCUCCCCCCCACCCCAACCGAGCGCCCGACCCUGGGCAAGAGCGUGUCUGAGGAGGGCCCACCCCGGACUCCCGGGCGGGACUUCACCCCUGACCCCAUGCGGGGGGUCGCGGGGUCGCACGGGCAGGCUGAGCCUCUUCCCGCUGACUCCCUUCCUGUCCCGCCUGCUCCCGUUCCCAUCUGCGUUCCCGUCCCCGUCCCGGUCCCGGCCCCCUCAGCCAAGCUGGCAACCGCGCUGAGCCGGCCGGAGCCUGAGCCGGAGGAGCCGCGGAGCGAGGCCGAGGUGUCCGAACCUUCGGCUCUUUUCCCGACGAUCCCUCCCGGUGGCGUUCCUGAACAAAGGUUCGAGCGGGGGGAGGAAGAGGAGCAGGCCGAGGUGAAGGUGUGCGCACGCCCGGAGAGGCCAGGACUUGCUGACACCGACCACAGAGACUUGUCGGAGCCGCGAGAAGCUGCUCCGGCCGGAGCGAAAGACCCGGCGGCCGUCACCCUGGACUUUCGGGAAGAAUCGGCGGAGCGGCGGGCAGAGAGCGUUCCCGCCUGGGAGAGCAGGACCGGCGACGACAGAAGCAGGCUGCCGUUACUGCCCGUCAAGUGUGAGGCCGAGAGCGUGGAGGCCCGGAAGGAGCGAGGACGUCCCAGGGACCCGUUGGGCCGGAAGCAGCGGAAGCGGCACGAGCUGGAGUGGUACGAAAGGCUCCCUUCCCCCGAGCCCCCUCCCCCGCGCUCCCUGUUCCGCUCCCGCUCGGAGUUCGAGGAGAUGACCAUCCUGUACGACAUCUGGAACGAGGGGAUGGAUGAGGAAGAUGUCAAGUUCAUGAAGCUGACCUACGACAAGCUGCUACAGCAGGACAACUGCAUGGACUGUCUCAACGACACCCUCUGGGUCCAUCAUCCCUGCACCAACGUGCCCAAGGUGAAGAGGAAGAAGAAGGAGGACGGGCUGAGGGAGCACGUGACGGGCUGUGCGCGCAGCGAGGGCUACUACAAGAUCAGCAAGAAAGACAAAGCCAAAUACCUCAACAUCAGCGGCACCCCCGUGGAUGAGCCCCCAACAGACACACAGGGAAUGAGCAUUCCAGCCCAACCUCACGCCUCCACCCGGGCGGGCUCCGAGAGGCGAUCAGAGCAGCGACGCCUCCUGUCCUCCUUCAUGGGGGGGCUGCCCGCCGACAGCGACCUCCUCAAGUUCAACCAGCUCAAGUUCCGAAGGAAGAAGCUGAGGUUCUCGAAGAGCCACAUCCACGAGUGGGGGCUGUUUGCCAUGGAGCCCAUCGCUGCCGACGAGAUGGUCAUCGAGUACGUGGGGCAGAACAUCCGACAGGUGAUUGCUGACAUGCGGGAGAAACGAUACGAGGACGAGGGGAUCGGCAGCAGCUACAUGUUCCGGGUGGAUCACGACUCCAUCAUCGAUGCCACCAAAUGCGGCAACUUCGCCCGGUUUAUUAACCACAGCUGUAACCCGAACUGCUACGCCAAAGUCAUCACGGUGGAGUCGCAGAAGAAGAUCGUGAUUUACUCCAAACAGCAGAUCAACGUGAACGAGGAGAUCACGUACGACUACAAGUUCCCCAUCGAAGACGUGAAGAUCCCGUGUCUGUGCGGAGCUGAGCAUUGCCGCGGGACCCUCAACUGAGGGGGGAGAGGAGGGGCGGGGGGCACGGGCAGGCAGUUUCGGUCAGACCCAGAUCCCCAGUGCCUUGGGCUGACAAACUGAGCCAAUGUUGGCAGAGUUCCCCCCCCACUCCCGCACCCCCCAUUCUGGAGAGA